AUGUAUAAAGAGGAGGGGAUGCGCGAAGGGAUGCAGAUUGAGGACGCCAACAUUGCUGUUGACGAUAAAAUUGAACUCCUCGACCAGCUUUCCGACUCCGGCCUGAAGAACAUCGUGGUCGGCUCCUUCGUCAGCCCCAAGUGGACCCCGCAGAUGGAGCGCAUUGACGAGAUCGUCACCCGCUUCACCCCCAAGCCUGGUGUCACCUACACUGCGCUGGCCCUGAAUUCCCGCGGCGUCGAGCGCGCCCGCGCCUACUCGCCGCCCCUGACCAUAGAGCGCGACUCCUAUCCGCGCCUGUCGUGCCACAUGUGCGACGUGUUUACCCGCCGCAACACCAACCGCAGCCAGAUGGCGGAAAUGGAGCGCUGGCCCCAGAUCGUGGCCCAGGCCCAGGAACUCAACAUCAAGGAAGCGGGCAUCGGCUGCAACGCAAGCUGGGGCUCCAACUUCCUGGGCGAGUUCCCGGUGGACAGCUUGAUGACUCUGCUGGAAAAAGAACACAACAUGUGGGACGAGGUGGGCAUCAACGUCCGCAGUGUCUCCAUGGGCGACCCGAUGAGCCACUGCACCCCGGCCAAGGUCGAGGAGAGCUUGGUUCGGGUCAAGGAGCGCUGGCCGGAGAUUGACCACUUCCGCCUGCACCUGCACAACGGGCGCAACAUGGCCAUCGCCUCCGCCUACGCCGCCAUGCGCACUCUCGGCCCCGACGACACGCUGGAGCUGGACGGCACCAUCGGCGGUUCGGCGGCUGUCCCUACUGCGGCAACGGCCGCGCCACCGGCAUGGCCCCCACCGAAGACCUGCUGCACAUGA